GACUUAAAAACCGCCAUAGUAGUUGCCCCACUGGUUUAUCAAUAUAAAAAUGAACGCUCCUAGGAUUGUUUCACCUACCGCAAUCAUUUCUUGUUUUUGGCAAAGGUUAUGGACUUGAUUGAAGUAAUGGCAGGAAUUAAUAAUAGAGAUGUUAAUGAAGAAACACUCAAUGCUCCAUUGCCGGAGUUACCAUCCAAUGGAAGUGGCAAUGCUAAUAAUGAGAGAGUUCCUCGAUCAACCAAUGGAAAUCAGGUCCCCCACGGUGAAGGACAAAGACUUGACAGUAACAUGGUGAUGGACCCUAAAAAGCUCAAAAGGAUUGCCGCUAGCCGUGAAUAUUCACAAAGGUAUCGACUCAAACAACUGCAAUACAUUGCACAACUGGAAGCAGGAGUAAAGGCUCUCGAGGAAGAAGUGGCGAAUGCCUUUCCCAAGAUCAGAUAUGUUGAUGCUCAGAACACAUUGCUGCGAGCGGAGAAUGGUUCCAUGAAGGAAAAGUUGUCUACCCUCUCCGGAGAGCUUAUGUUGAAAGAAGCUGAAUAUCAUGAGCUAAAGAAUGAGAAGGAGGUGUUGAAGCAAAUGUCUUUGAUGUAUCGCGCACCUGCAUUUGCAGAAUCCUACCAAACAAAUCAUUACGGCUACCAACAUGUGAAUAAUAUAGCCAUGGAUCAACCAGGAUUCAACCAGUCUGUGGAACCAACAGCUCCACAGGCAAUGAUGCCGAAUCAAAACCCCGAGAACCAGUUUGGGUUUGAUGUCAACAUUAGGGACAACCAUAAUCUGAUGUAAACUUCUAGUUUUUAGCUGCUCCCCAUUUAAAUCUUUAUCUUGUAGUGCUUUUUAGUCGGUUUGUUGUUUAGUUAUUUGCAGCACUUUUUUAAAGUUAUUUUCUUGGCCAUACAAGCUAGAAACUGAGGAUCUAAUAAAAUGGAGAAACAAUUGUGAAGAAAGGAUGUAUGAUAGUGACAUCACGUCAUUGUAUUCCUUUCUAAUAGUUUUAUGUCAUA